AGGAACUGGUGCUGAUGUAUGGGCUUGGUUGUAUUAUGGCUGAAUGUUUAACUAGAUAACCACUUUUUAGAGGAGAUAGCUAAAUUUCUAUGCUAUUUAAAAUCAUGGAAGUAAUGUAUAUAAUUCUAUGUUUAAGUUGCUUGGAACUCCAUCUGAUGAUAACUAUUAUCAAGACUUCCCCAUUUUAAGAUGAAUUUUCCAAAUUUUAAUGCCAAAAAAUUGACUUCAGUUAUUCCAAUAUUAGAAAAUGAUCAAAAUGCCCUGAAAGUUCUACAGGCUAUGCUGUAAUUCAAUCCAAGCAAACGACCAUAAGCAAAAGAUUUAUUAAAUUAUAAAUGGUUUGAUGAUAUAAGAAAUGCUCAUUGA